CUUUCUUGUUUUUCCCCUUGAAAAUGUUUCACUUCCCAUCCAAGAAGCUUCUUCCGUGCGGACUGAAGGCUGAGGAAUGGAAGAUCAUCCGGUCAUCAGUUGUUGAGGCCACUUGGGGGUUUACCUCUGCCCUUCAGGGUCACCUGAGUCAGGAUGCAAAGUCCAGUUGCCCUUUGAAAAAGCCCCUUUGGGACAACCUGGAUGACUGAGAAACCCUACAAAUCGCAGUCCAAGAUGGUCAGCAGAGAUCAGCCCGAGGUUGCCCCCUCCAGCGAUGCCCAUUGCACCACCGACUUUUGGGACAGGCUUGUUCAGCAGCCAAGUUCCCUCUGGAUGGAAGAAUACCAGGAGGCCCCACCUCUGCUGAUGUCCGGCUGUGCAGCCCAGCGGCCUGCAGGAGAGGAGGGGGGGCCUUGGCCCUGGGAGGCGGCCCCUACUCCGCUGAGCCUCCCCUCCCCCAAGGAGCUGUGUCAGAAGAAGAGGAAGGGUCCGAAGCAGAAGGGCCUCGGACGCCUCCGUGGCUUGUCCGUGUUGUAUCAUCUGGAGGAGGUGAAGAGACGGCAAAGCAACAUCGACAAGCAGAAAGCAGCACACGAGAGGGGGGCUCUGCCCCAGCUCUCCCCACAAAGGAACGGGAUGGUUGGGGACCUGCCUCCGUGCCUGCCGAGCCCCGCCCGGAUGCCAGAGCCCUACGCCAGGCCCUUCCUGGGCAGAGGCACCAGUGCCCAGCUCCUCCUCCACCCGCAGUGGAACCCCAACCUGAGGGAGCCCCUGAGGUUCCCCGAAGAAAGCCCCCUGGCCUUCUACGCUGUGGCGGCCCACCACCGCUCUCUCCAUGGAGGAAGCGCUGAGCUGCGACCCGAAGAAUAACCGCGACCAGGCGGACGUUGUGUGUGAAUGUGGCCUGAGCCAAAAGGGGUUCAGGGGUCCCCGUGCGUGUGUCUCUUCCCUGGGAGCCCCCACGUGUCUCCUCCACCCAAGGCCACUCCUUCUCUCCUCCAUCCAUGCUUGGCCUUCCUGUUCGGGGGGUGGGCUUUCAUUUCCCUUUUGCAAGUCUGCCAAUGCGCCCCCACCCCCUACGACUGGCACGCCAGAGAGAUUCUCUUUCUUCUUUGUGCUGUCAAUAAACCUUCCACCGUGGGCUGAGGAAAGAAAGCGAAUACCAGGGGAAACUGAGGAGGGUUUCCAUAGUAAUCCUGAUUCUGGCGAAGGCCGGCUUCUCUCUCCCUUGGCUCUCCUCCUCCACCUGCAUGUAACGUAGGAGUAAGCUGCUCCUCCGAGGAGCUCAGCGAGGUGUUUGGAAGAAAGAGGAGCCCUUGCCAGCCUUGUCAAUGUUUUGCAGGGCUCAGGAGUGGCAGAGUGUCUCUUCUGACACUCCUUUUCUGCUGCAAGGAGAAGGCUCUCCUCCUCAGACCUUUGGCCCACCCAGCUGACCUGUGCCCCCCUCCCCUUUUCUCUCUGCCCAUCUUCCACGCCCUUAAAGCAAAUUAUAAAAAGCAGCACAAUAUUUCCUGCCAACAGAGAGAGAGGUGAACUUGGUGAGGACACAUCCUCAGAAAGUUAAUAGGAAGGUUUCACCCUUGUAGUUUGAGGAUCAAUUGUUGCCCGUUUACAGGGAAAUCAGUUCUUGGGAGUCUGAUAAAGGCUUUCCUUUAUGCACACGUGCACACAUACGCACGCACCAAGGCCAACAUGGGCCAACAUAAUCAUCCCUCCGGAUGACAAGAGGGGAGGUGUGUGGAAGGCUUCCUGGCCUGGCCGAAGGACUGACCCCCAGGAGCCCACUCUGUCCUUGUUCACGAGGCUGGCGGCCUCAGCCAAGUUGGCUUUUCCAAGGUGGAUUUUUGGGAGCAAAUAAAGCCUUGGAAUUUUUUUCUCCCCACGGGUUAAUCCUUUCUGCGGCCCAGUGUGUUUAUUUUUCCACUAAAAAGGGUGGGAGACUUGGCUUCCGUUUUCCAGAAACCGGCCAUCCGAUCUUGAUUGAACCAUGUCAGGCAGACAUUGCCAGCAGAAAGGGGCUGGGGACAGACGGCUGGCCUUCACUUCAGUUGGCUUGCAAUGCAUUUUUAAAAUACAGACCUGUUUUUAACUGGAGGCCAGACAUCUCCCUGGUUUCAAGGCGCUGCUUGUAAGGGUUCUAAAGGCACAGCUGACGAAACAAUGCAACUGAUGUUCCUUAAGGGCGGGGAGAGUUUGCAGGGGAAGAAAACGCCCCCUCCCUUAUUCAGUACAGCCCCCCACCCCCACCCCUCCUCAGCAGCAUUCCGCCCAAAGGAAUCGCAAGUCCUAAUUCGAAGUACGUAUUUGCCACCAAGUGGGACCCCUCUGCUGCACGGAAAGGACCAACGGAUUAAGACGGCUCCAAAUGCUCUGGCCGUGCUAAUGGAAAAGAGAGCGAGUUUGGUUGUUAACCUGUUCAUCAAAUACAUUUGUGGAACUCAA